AUGAACGGACAUACAGAUGAUAGAUCAUUACCAAAAGGUAAACCAUUUGAUGAAUAUCAACCACCAAAUUGGGAUGAAUUAUUCAUGCUUAAAGUUUAUUUAACUGCACAAAAAUCAAAAGAUCCUCGAACUAAAAUAGGUGCUGUACUUGUACGUGAUAGACGUGAUCUUACUUCAGGUUUUAAUGGCAUACCGGAAGGAGUGAAAGAUUUACCAUCUCGAUUUGAACGACCAAUUAAAUAUUCAUAUUUUGAACAUGCUGAACGAAAUGCAAUUUUUACAGCUGCUCGACAUGGAAUAAGAACUGAAGGUGCAACGUUAUAUGUACAAGAAAUGCCUUGUGUAGAUUGUGCUCGUGCAAUUAUUCAAAGUGGCAUUAAGAAAAUUUAUGUUCAUGAACAGUUUUAUAAAUUAAGUUCAUCUAUUAGACGUGCUCAAUGGCAUGGUCAUGAUGAAAUAACCAUGCAAAUGUUUGAUGAAGCUAAAGUCGAAUUAGUUAUGUUGGAUUUACCUAAUUUAAGAGUUGAUGCAUAUCUUGAUGGACUUGUUUAUCAUUUUGGUUGUUAA